AUGGCCCUCACUCACCGGCUCACCCUCACUGGCCCGGACCCCACCGACCCCGAAGAUUUCCCCAGCAACUCCCUGGGCGUCAUCUUCCCCGACGACGUCACCAACCAGCACGGCGACGCGGACCACGGCCUGCUGUACACGUCCCCGCACCUCCCACAGCCCAUCCCCAUCGCGCUCGCCGAUAUCCAGCUCGAGUCGGACCGUGUCUUGUGGAGCCACUGCUUGUGGAACUCGUCGCUGCUGCUGGCAGAGCUCAUCGAGGCGGGAACGCUCGGGUUAGCAGAGGGCGGCGAUCAUGGUAUUCCUUGGGACGGCCGGUUUGCGCCGCCCUUGAAGGGGUUCGAUGUUUCCGGCCGGAGCGUGAUGGAGCUGGGCGCCGGCACGGCGCUGCCGUCGAUCAUGGCGGGGUUGUUGGGUGCGAAGAAGGUCGUGGUGACCGAUUACCCGGCCCCGGCGGUCUUGAAAACCCUAAAGGCCAACGUCGCUGCGUCGGUGAAUAAGGAGUUCGCGCCGGCCGGGAGGUUCGCGGUGGAGGAGGUGUUGGCCGGGGCCCAUGGAUGGGGUGAGUUGGACACGCCGCUUGCGCUCGAGAAUAAGCAUGCCAUUGAUCGGGUGAUAGCCGCGGAUUGCUUGUGGAUGCCGUGGCAGCAUGAGAAUCUAAGGCAGUCGGUCUCGUGGUUUCUCGGCCAAGGGGAGGACGCGAGGGCGUGGGUCGUCGCUGGGUUCCAUACCACACGGGAUGCAAUGCGUACGUUCUUCGAGAAGGAGGCACUCGCGGCGGUCGGGCUUGAGGUGGAGCAUAUGUGGGAACGUGACUGCGACGGGCAGGACCGUGAGUGGGCCUGGGACCGCGGUAUUGAAGACGUGAGCCUGCGGAAGCGGUGGUUGGCAGUGGGUGUGUUGAAGAGGUUACGGAAGCCUGCCGGGGAAGGUGAGGAGGGGCUGUGA